AUGUCUAGGUUUUUUGACGUCCGAGCAAUACUCAUGAUUAUCAUUGGUUGUGGGAUCCUGCUGGCCAUGUUUCUACUGAUAGGAGUUGUCCUCUGUCUUUACUUGAAAAUAACCAAGGCACUGAAUUAUUCAUGUCGAACUGCAAAAGACUCAGUUGCUACUGUAAGCUGUAUUGGUCCAUGCAAGAUCACCCAAGACAAGAUCGUCCGGGCUAAACCCAUUGUUGAGUCUUGUCGUAACAUCCAGUGCUGUGAUGCAUGUAGUGUCUAUACAGAUGUUGGCAGCCUGCCACCUUGCUUUUGUAACGUAAGUGAAGGACUCUGACGUGGCAGUGG